GCAGGGCCGGGAACCGGGAACGGGAGACGCGGACGCGGUGCCCGGAGCCGCUGCCGAGAGGGGCCGGGGCUGUAUCGGGGGGUCCGGGGCCGCUGUGGGAACCCCGGGCCGGUGUCGGGGGCCCAGGGCCGGUAUCGAGGACGCGGAGCCGCUGUUGUGGGGCCGGAGCCACUGCCGGUGAACCCGGACCCGUUGCCGCUUGUCCUGGUGCCCGUGGGCCCGCUGCCGGUGGUCCCGGGCUCGCAGCCAAGUGUCCCGGAGCCACUGCCGGGGUUCGAGAGCGAGGGUCGGGCGUCCCGUUCCCGGUGUCCCCGGUGCCCGCCGCGAUGUACGCGCCGGGCGGGCCGGCGGGGCCGGGCGGGAGGCGGCGGAGGGGCGCGGCGGGGCUGCCGAAGCAGCCGGAGCGGAGCUUGGCGUCGGCGCUGCCCGGGGCUCUGUCCAUCACCGCGCUCUGCACCGCCCUGGCUGAGCCCGCCUGGCUCCGCAUCCACGGCGGCACCUGUGCCCGCCAGGAGCUGGGGGUGGCCGAUGUGCUGGGCUACGUGAACCCCGAGCUGCUCCGAGAUUAUUGCAUGAACCCACAGACGGUGCUGCUGCUCCGGGUCAUCGCUGCCUUCUGCUUCCUGGGAAUCCUGUGCAGCCUCUCGGCCUUUCUGCUCGACGUGUUCGGCCCCAAACACCCAGCACUGAAAAUCACCCGGCGCUACGCCUUCGCCCACAUCCUGACAGUCCUGCAAUGUGCCACCGUCAUCGGGUUCUGCUAUUGGGCAUCGGAGCUGAUCCUGGCGCAGCAGCAGCAGCACAAGAAGUACCACGGCUCCCAGGUCUACGUCACCUUCGCCGUCAGCUUCUACCUGGUGGCGGGGGCGGGGGGGGCCUCGAUCCUGGCCACGGCUGCCAACCUGCUCCGACAUUAUCCCACCGAGGAGGAGGAGCAGGCACUGGAGCUGCUCUCGGAGAUGGAGGAGAAUGAGCCCUACCCAGCCGAGUAUGAGGUGAUCAACCAGUUCCAGCCCCCGCCAGCCUACACCCCCUGAUCCCACCUGGAAUGUCCCUCUGGCCCCGCUCCCACCUCCUGCGGCUCCCGGGGCUGUCUACAAGAGGUUUUUGGGGUGGAUUGGCGGCGUUUGAUUCCCAACCUUGGGUUUGUGGCUCUGCGGCGACGUUUGGACUCGGCCUCGUUUCCCCCACGUGGCUCCUCCUGGAAGUGGGGCACUCACGGUUCCCCUGGGCAUGAGGGAUCCACAAUUCUCCUGGGAAUGAGAGGUUUGGGAUCCACAAUUCUUCUUGGAAUGGGGGAUGUGGGGUCCACAAUUCUCCUCAGGAUGAGGGUGGGGGAUCUGCAUUCCCACAUCAGAGCUCAUUCCCUCCUCCUCCAAGGCCCCCAAGGCCCGGACAUGAGUGGAUAUAUUUAUAUAUAUUUAUAUAUUUAUAUCAGGGAAGUUCCCACCGCAUUCCCGGGGCAGGGAGGGCUGAUCCUGCAUGGCAGGAGGUCGAAAUUCCCACUCCUGGCUCUCCCUGUGCCUCUCUUCCCACCACACGGACAUUCUGCACUUUAUUCCAGGCUCUGGGAAGGACUGGGACAGUUUUGGGGCCUCCGGCACAGCACAGGAAGGAAAACUCUGGGGUUUGUUGGGAUCAUCCGGCUCCUGCCGGCAAAGUUUGGGGAUUUUUAGCCAAAAAAAACCCAGACCUUGGCCCAGCCACAGCUCCUGGGAAGCAGGAGGAGCCCACACUGGAAAAAUCCUGGAGCUUUUAUGCAAAUCCCUCCACGCCGCCCCCACUCUCCUGCUUUUUCCACCCAAAUUCCAUGUUUUUCCCUCCUGCUCUUGGUUCACUGCCCCAUUUCCCUCCUCAAUCCCUGGGAUGCUUCAUCCAGGAGCAGACACUUUCCCUGGAUAGUGCUGGAACACCAGGAGAAGCUGAUCCACCCUUUCCCAACCCAGAGGAGGAAUCCAGCGGGGGGGGGGGGGCUGUUUAAGGCAAAUAAUAAGGAAAAAACCCAUGGAAUUCAUCAACCAGCAGUGAAAAUCCCACCAGGGAAUCAUGGAAUAGUUUGGCUUGGAAGGACCUGAAAGAUGAUCCAGGAAAGCCCCAGGCUGGCUUCAGGAAGAAACUUUAGGCCUGGAAGACAGCUUGUUUUAGGUUCUUCACCCUCCCCCCAGUGCUUUUAUUCCUGUUUUCCUGCUUUCUUAUCCCAUCCCCUUUCCCACCCUGCCCCUGGCUAUGCAAGAGUCUCGGUCGCUCUCCAGGGUGGAAUCCGGAAAACUCAUCCCGGGAAAAGCCCUUCCUGAGCCCUGGGAGGCUCCAAGGAGCCAAAUCAACACUAAAACCCCUUCAGGGGGAUCCCAGGAAUGGGUGGUCAGGGGCUCCCAGAGGGAACAUCCCGCAGCUGGGAGAGGCUUUGGGAUUCCCUAGAUAUGCAAGAGGGGGGUUGGGUGUAAAUAGUCUGAGCUUAAAUGUUCUGAAUUUGGGUAAAAAAAGACCCCAAAAAGGGACAUGAUGUUGUUUCCUGUGGGGCUUGGGGGGAAGGUCAGGGUUUGGAAAUGUUGGGAUGGGGGAGCUGUGGG